UAGGAUUACUGUUUAUGAUAUACGAAAGACUUUACCAGCUGAUAAACAUUUUGCCUGGCAAAUUUUGUUCAACAAUCCAAGCAAAUUAUCUUUUGUUUUAAUUAGUCUUAUUGUUUAUUUAAUUGUUUUAUCAUGUUUCUGUUUAAUCGAUCGACCAUUCUUCUUUGAAGCAGACUCCAGGUUGAGUUUGCAACCUAGCAUCGACGUGUUCAACAUUUGCCGCAUCAACGUUGACUAUGGCGUUAUUAAAUCUUGAAUUUCAUCUUAGAUUUAACUUUCCUGAUUGCUGAUUGUGUGAACUUUUUUGCAAUAUUUCUUAUAAUCAAAUAACUUGACUUUUUAUUCGCUUACAUGUGCAUAUACUAGUUCUAAUACUUCAUAGAAGGCUAUCUGUUUAUAAUCAUCAUCCGGUGUGAUGCAGUUCAUUGUUAAACCUACAUCAACAAACCCAUCAGUUGUUUGUAAAAAAUUUCUCCGAUUUCACUCAACAGUUGUUUUAAUUACAAUCGGUGGCUUAGCUCUUUUCUCAACGGGUUUUAUGUUCGGGUUAUUGUGGAAUAUGGAUGGGUCAUGUUCAAAAUUCAAAUCAAUAGACGAUGAAGCUGAUAGAGAGAUUAAUCAAGAUGCUGCCAGAAACGUUGGAGAUGUUGAAAGUCUUGGAAAAGAGUUGACAGAAGUUGGACUAGCAAAUGGUUUAAUUCAUUUAUCUUCAACUACACAAAAACAAGAUACAGAUCUUUUAAUUUUAAUAAUGAGUGCACCAGGGUAUAAAGACCGUCGAGAUGCCAUUCGUCAAACAUGGGUCAAUUUAAUUGAUGAUAGAUUAAUCAAGUAUUAUUUUGUUAUUGGUACUCACGCUGGGAGUAAAUUAGUGCUCGAACAUUUAAGAAAAGAACAAGAAGACUUCAAAGAUAUCAUCAUUUUCCCUCAUAUUGAUGAUUCUUAUUCAACUCUCAGUCAAAAAUUACUGGAAUCCCUUAAAUGGACGUAUUCUCGGUUUAAUUACAAAUUUGUUUUAAAAAUUGAUGAUGAUUCAUUUGUGAGAGUUGAUGCACUAUAUGAUGAGCUCAAAACUAAAAAGUCAGAUCAUCGAACCCUUUACUGGGGCUAUUUUGAUGGGGAUGCACCAGUUAAAAGACAAGGAAAAUGGACAGAAGACAACUGGUUUCUUUGUGACAAAUAUUUGCCUUAUGCUCUUGGCGGUGGUUAUGUUAUCUCUUCUUCAUUGGUUAAAUAUAUUGUUACGAAUUCUCACCUUCUAUCUCUUUAUCAUAAUGAAGAUGUCAACAUGGGAGUCUGGUUAGCUUCAUUGAACAUUACACGUCAACAUGAUCCUCGCUUCGAUACAGAGUAUAAAUCAAGAGGUUGUUCCAAUAAUUUUCUCGUUUCUCAUAGACAGAAUAUCAAUGAUAUGAGAGAAAAAUAUGAUAAUCUGAAACAAUUUGGUGUCCUUUGUAAAUCACAAGUGAUGCUGAGAAAAGCUUAUUUUUAUAACUGGAAGGUUGCUCCAAGCUCUUGUUGUUAUCGAAAUAUAAGUCUAUUGUGAUAUUCUUAAAACUGUCUGAAAAACUAUUUAGUCAUUUAUAUUUUUCUUUGUUUUUUCGCAAUCAACCAAUUUAAGAGAAGAUGAAUUUUGUCCAAUCUACUCAAAAGGAUGGAUUUUCCUCAAGAUAAAUCAACAGCUCAUUCUUAUCAAGCAUCAACCUGGUUGAUAUAUUCGUCCAUGAUUGAUGGACUUCUAUUAAGAGGGAAAAAUUAACUACCAAUAUACACCAGCUCAUACACUGUGAUUACCAUAAUAAACAAAACAAUUUUUUCGUGUCAUAAACAAAUUAUCAAUA